AUGGUUGACUUUGGAAGAUUGACGAUCGGAUCGCCUCCCUUGUCUUGGAACUUUACUUCGCUUCGUUUGUACCUUUAUAGUCGAGCAUCUGAAAACCUAGACGACUCAUCAGGGCAUACAUUCGGCACUGCGACAUCUUGGAAAUCUUCUCCAUUCGACUCCGCUCCUACUCCGCCGUCCUUUCUUUCCCUUCUGCCGCCACCGCUUAGAUCCCACCGCCUCCUCUCCUCUCACGACCACUCCAAAACCCUCCAGACCUCUAUUGUCGUCAGGGACCUUCGAUUGGGCACGGACACCAACAUCACCGUCACCCUCCCAAAGGCGAAAGUCAUAAAAUCCCACUUUGAGUCCCUCGAUAGAUCCAAUGCCCAGUCGCCCCCAUGGGUGUGGCCCCUACAGCUCCUUCUAUCGGACCAUACCUCCAUGUUGAGGGCCCCUGGAAGAAGCUCCACGACUCUAUGA